CUUGUGCACGGUUGGAUGUUGUGUGAUGCUGUGCAGUCAGGGGCGUUAUGUCUUCACGCCGCGGCUAAGAGAGGUCACACGGCUGUAGUGCAUGCUCUGAUCCAGAAGGGAGCGCCUGUGGAUGGCAUGGCUAAAGACGGACAGACGGCGCUUCACAUCGCGGUGGAAAACUGCAAGCCACAGGUGGUGCAGAUGCUGCUGGGUUUCGGGGCAAAUGUGCAGCUCAGAGGAGGAAAGGCGAGGGAAACCCCUCUGCACAUCGCAGCCAGAGUGAAGGAAGGUGAACAGGUGGCUGAAAUGCUUCUGAAGAGCGGAGCCGAUGUGAACGCAGAGCAGGAGAACGGAGAGAGCGCUAUGCAUGUAGCCGCGCGUCACGGUGCUCUGCAGAUGAUACGAGCGCUGAUCCAGGAGGGCGGAGAUGUGACCUGGAAAUCUAAGGUUGGUGAAAACCCUCUCCACGUUGCGGUACGUCACUGUCACGCUCACGUGGUGGAGGAGAUUUUAAACUCUCUGAGCAAUGAGAGAAGCAGUCAGGAGGCAGAGCUCUGUGUGCGUGAAGGGAAUCAGAAGGGCGAGACGCCGCUGCACCUGGCAGCCGAGCUCAGGAGUGAUGCCGUGCAUCAGGUGGAUGAGGACACCCACAUCAUCAAGAUCCUGAUGGAGCAUCAUGCUGACGUCACCGCUGUCACCCGACAGAGUGGAGAGACACCUCUUCAUUACAACGCCAGGGUGGGAAACACUGCCGUUCUUCAGGAGAUGCUCAGUAACGUCCCCUCCAACCAGCUCCAGACCGCCAUCAACAAACACGCCAAGAACGGCUGGUCACCGCUGCUACUGGCUGCAGAGCAGGGUCACACAGAGGUCGUGAAGAUCCUGCUGCAGAACAAUGCUAGAGUGGAUGUGUUUGAUGAGGAGGGGAAGGCCGCCAUUCAUCUGGCAGCAGAGCAAGGUCAUCAAGACAUUGUGGACAUCCUGCUAGCCCAUAACGCCUUUGUGAACAGCAAGACCAAACUGGGCCUAACGCCUCUGCACCUCAGCGCUCAGAGCGGCUCGGCGCAGCUCGUCAGGUUGCUGGUGGAGACCCAUCAGGCCAGUGUUGAUGCUCUCUCUCUGAGAAAGCAGACGCCGCUGCAUUUGGCAGCCUUCAGCGGACAGCUGGAUGUUUGUAGCAGCCUGUUAAACCUGAAAGCUGACAUCACUGCUACAGAUAUUCAAAAUCAGACUCCUCUUCAUCUAGCGGUGGAGAAUGAUCACUCGGAGGUUGUAAAGCUGUUUCUGAGGCACCGCCCUAAAUUAGCCCAGCUAGCUAACAUGGAGGGAGCGACCUGCACACACAUCGCUGCAGCUAAAGGCAGUGUGGCCGUCAUUAAAGAGCUGCUCCUGUUUACUCAAGGACCGGUCACACUCAACAACAAGGCUAAGGGUUUGUGUCCGCUGCAUUUGGCUGCUGCUGGUGGUAAUACGGAGGUAGUGAAAGUUCUUCUGGACGCUGGAGCAUCAGUGACAGAGGAGGACACCGAUGGCAUGACAGCAAUUCAUUUGGCUGCCAAGAAUGGACACACUCAUAUUCUGGAGGUGCUGAAAGACAGCGUUUCACUGCAGAUCCAGAGCUCCAAGACAGGUUUGACAGCUCUGCAUGUGGCAGCCUGUUUUGGACAGGUGGACUUCGUGAGAGAAAUCCUGACUAAAGUUCCAGCUACAAUACGCAGUGAAUUUCCUACUAACUGCGACAGUCCCAGCGGCAAAGAUGAUGUGAAGAGACAACAGCUGUUCGCUGAGUCAGGUUACACUCCUCUGCACCUGGCGGCUCAGUCCGGUCAUGAAAACAUGGUUCGCUUGUUGCUGAAUUCUCCUGGUGUUCAGGCCGAUGCUGAGACAAACAUUCAGGGCUCCACUCCUCUGCACCUGGCGGCUCAGAAUGGACACACGGCUUUGGUUGGGCUGCUGCUCAGCCGCUCUGGAUCUCUGCUGCACCUGACCGACAAACACGGAUGUACCUGUCUGCAUCUGGCCUCUGCACAUGGACAUGUGGCCAUGGUGAGAGUCCUGCUGGGACAGGGAGCUGAGAUCAACCACAAGGACACGAGUGGCUUGACACCGCUGCAUUACGCAGCUAAAGCCGGCUUUCUGGAGGUGGUGUCAAUCCUGGUUGAGAGUGGAGCGUCAGUGUGUGUCGAAUGUCAUGUCGGAUGGACACCGCUGCAGUACGCUGCUCAGGAGAACCAUGAGAAAACCGUCAUCUUCCUGCUCAGACAAGAGAAGAACAUACUCCAAUUGCUGGACGACAAGAAGUUUGUGUUCAAUCUGAUGGUGUGCGGCCGGAUGAAUGAUAAUCUGGCUCUGGAGGAGUUGGUUCUUCAUUCUCCUGCUCCUCUGGACACGUGCGUCCGUCUGUCGCGAGCUCUGACUCUGGCCGCGCUCAGAGAGAAGGUGCGCUCCAUCGACCUGCAUGCCGCCGCGCUCCACUGUGAGCUCAUGGCUUCUGACCUCCUGACCCUCGCCGCCUCAACCGGGGGUCAUGGCACAGGUCUGAUCCUCAGGGCUGUGGAUCACCGGGGUGCCAGCAUGCUGGACUGCUUGAUCGAGGGAGAGCAGAAGGCCGUGGUGUCCCAUCCGGCGGUGCAGAUGUACCUGACAGAAGUGUGGUGCGGAGGCCUGCAGUGGAAUUCAUGGAAGAUCCUGCUGCUGUUCUUCUGUUUGCUGCUCUUCCCUCCGCUGUGGCUGGCGAUCUCACUGCCACUCAGACACAGCUUCAACACCAUCCCAGUCAUGAAGUUAAUGAGUCAUCUGGUGUCGCACGUCUUCCUGUUGGUCCUGUUCAUCUUAACAAUCGUGUAUCCGCCCGUGAGUCCUCUGUCUGAGGGCCGUCUGGUGCCCGGCUGGUCGGAGUGUCUGUUGCUGAUCUGGCUUUGUGGGAUGCUGGUAUCCGAGCUGACCUUCCCAGGUGAGCGUGCUGGAUUAGCGUGGAUUGGUCUUCUUCUACUGGGUUUUUCCGCCGUGGCUCUGCUGUGCCACCUGCUAGCAGUCUUCACCCAAUGGUGGCCACCAGUGCACCUGCACUGCCUGUUUGCUAGAAACGUCCUGCUGGCCGUGGCAAUGACACUGGGAUUCAUCCAGCUGCUGGAGUUCCUCACGUUCCAUCACUUAUUUGGCCCAUGGGCUAUAAUAAUCAGAGACUUGAUGAAGGAUCUGUGCCGGUUCACUGUGAUCCUCAUUUUGUUCCACACUGCCUUCACGCUGAGUCUCACUGCUUUGUGUCAGCCAUAUCCACAUGAUUGGAACAACAGCACUGGUAACGCCACACAAGUGACCAUUCUGAGACCUUUAAACAUGUCUGUGCCACUCUUCUUUGCUUUGUUUGGUUUAACCGAACCAGAUAAAAUUCCCAUGGUGGAGCAUUCACCUGCUGCCAUGGAGUUUUUGGCUAAAACGGUAUUUAGUGUGUAUCUGGUGGUGACUUCCAUCGUGUUGAUCAACCUCCUCAUCGCCAUGAUGAGCGACACGUACCAGCGCAUCCAGGCUCAGUCUGACAUGGAAUGGAAGUUCGGCCGAGCCAUUCUGAUCCGCGAUAUGAGCCGCAAGUCUGGAAUUCCGUCUCCGUUCAACCUGUUCAGCAAACUCUUCUACUCCAUCAAGCUUCUCUGCAAACAUGCAGGGAAGAGCUGCUCUGUGAAGUGUCCUAAUGUGAUGAAUGAGGAUGAAGACACUGAAGGUUUGACAGACGCGCGUUCUCUAGAGCAGCUGGGUCAAGCAUCUGUCAGCUUCAGAGGAAACAAGACGACACAGAUCCUCCCAGAGGGCGGUCAGAUUGUGAUGUCCAUGUCUGGAGGACAGGAGCACGUGGAGAAUGUUGUGGAUUGGCCGUCUGUGGUCCAGCAGUUUUUAGCCCAGCGCAGACAGAGGGACAGAUCACAGCUGGAGAGAGAUGAAUGAAUGAUGACCAUUUCACCAUGACAGAUGAAUUUGUACUGCCUAUUAAUAUCAGACCAACCACCUGAGCCCACAUCACUUCAGCUUCCUGAAGAACACCUUAGCAUUAGCAUAUCACAGCAUGUGCCUUUAGCUGGUAUCCAUUCCUCACUAGUCACUUUAAUGAAGAUGUCAUUUACACUAGUGGUCCAAAUUCUGGGGUCAGUGAGAUUUGUGUUUGUGUGUGUGUGUGUGUGUGUGUGUUUGAAAGAAGUCUCUUCUGCUCACCAAGGUUGCAUUCCUUUGAUCAAAAAUAAUACAGCAGUAAUAUUGUGAAAUAUUAAAAUUGAAAAUAACUGUUUUCUAGAAUUCAGUGUCAAAUGAUUCUUCAGAAAUGUUGCUGCUCAACUAUAGAUAUGUGCCAGUAUUCAGUAAUGUGAUAUAUCAUGGCAAUGAAUAUGCACGGUAUUGUUAUCAUGGGCACAUCUAAAUACUGUGAAUAAUUAUAUAUUACAAAUUAUUCAUAAUUUCGAAUGCAUUAAGAAUAAUAUUCCCAUCAACUGGACAAAAUGCACAAAACCGCUGUAUGCUCCUUGAAAGAGCAUGUGUGCUCCGAUGUACUGUAAACAAGCACGCAUGAGAAGCACAUGGGGAAACACGUGAGAGAUGCGCAGAAUGAAAGCACAUUCUCUUUCUGACAGUUGAUGGUGCUAAACUGCAGAAAAUGACACACAGAUACACUUUAAUCUGUGUUAAACUUUUAACUUUUUAUAUUUUUCGGUAUUUCUUCAAUGUAUUUAAAUGUUCCGAUAUUUUUGUUAUAAGAAAA